AACGCAAAGAGCAGUGCAAAAAGAAAGUGCAAGCUAGCGGAGAAUCUGAGGAAAUAAUAGUCUCUCAAAAUGCAUUAUCGGUAGUGGAUUUGGAAUUACAAAAACAAAAUCCAGUAAUACAAAAGUUAAGUAAAAGGCGGCAACGAAAGCGCGAGCUCCAUUUUGUUCUUAUGUGUGUUUUAUAUUUUUUGCCGUGUUUGUGUCUGUGUCGGCAAUUCUUUCACUUUGAUUUUGGGCUGCGUGUGCGUGUAUGUGUGUCGGUGUCGUCGUAAAAUGUUCAUACAGGACCUCAAGAAUGACUUCUACAGACAUUUAAUCGGAAAGCGCAUACUAAUAAUAGUCAAUUAUGACAUCGAUGCGAUAUGCGCGAGCAAGAUCCUCCAGGCUCUAUUCAAAUACGACCACAUGAUCUACACGGUGGUGCCGAUUAUGGGGAUAACGGGACUGAGGCGGGCCUACAGCGAGCACCAGGGCGAUGUAAAGUACGUGCUGUUGGUUAACUGCGGAGGCUGUGUCGACAUUGUGGAGCUCCUGCAGCCAACGGACGAUGUCACCUUCUUCAUAUGCGACGCACACCGGCCUCUGGACGUUUGCAACAUCUACAGCGACCGCCAGGUGUGCAUACUGGGCGAUCCAGCUUUGGAGGAGAACAUACCGGCCUUCGAGACUAUUUUCUACGACUCGGACGACGAGGGUGAUGGUGAUGGUGACAACGAUGACGAUGAUGGCGAGGACGACGAGGCACAGCACGACAGUGGCGCCGGCGAGGACUCGGAUGGCGGCAGCAGCGAGUCGGGCCCUCCACGCCGACCCAAACUGAGUCGGAUGGAGCGGCAUGAGCAGCGCGUGCUCCGACAACGAGCCCGCCGCCAAUGGGAGCUAGAGCGCGAUCGCAUCAUGUUCGAUUACACACAAUUCAGCUACUACGGCCGAUCAACGGCGCUGCUCAUCUUCGAGCUCGCCUGGAAGCUAUCUAAGGACAACAUGGACCUGCUCUGGUGGGCCAUUGUAGGCAUAAGCGAGCAGCUGUUGCUCGGCAAGAUCGAGAGUGCCGCCUACACGCUCGAGCUGGAGCACAUACAGUCGCAUGUGUCGCGUCUCACAAACAAGACCAACGACCAGCACACGAUGAGCGCCACCAAGAUCAGUUUUGAGAACGACUUACAUUUGGUGCUCUACCGGCACUGGACGGUCACCGAGUCUAUGCGCUACUCCCGCUAUGCCGCCUGCAAGUUGAAGCUGUGGACCCUGCGUGGCGAGAAGCGUCUGCACGAGCUGCUCGUGGAGAUGGGCCUGCCUCUGGUGCACGCUCGCCAAACGUACAGUGCAAUGGAUCUGGUGUUGCGCAAGGAGUUUUAUUCAAUGGUGGAACAGCUGGCCGAGAAGUACGGCAUUCCGGACAUUGUCUACGGCACCUUCGCGCUGAGCUACGGCUAUCGGAGUCGGUAUGCGGCCGCCGAUUAUGUCUAUGCGUUGCUGGCCAUAUUGGAGUCCGUGAAGAAGCACAAGAAGCCGGAGGACUGCUUUUUGGAAGCGUCGGAUGCGCUGUCGCGCCAGCACAAGGACCUGCUGGUAGCGGGCAUCGACAAUGCCAAGCUGCUGCAUGCGGCCAUCUUUCGACAGGUGCAGAGCAGCCUGGAGGCGCAUCAGGUGCACUCGACCGGCUCCUUCUUCUACUAUGUGCUGCAGGAGGAGCAUGUCUUCUUCUCAUAUCCAUAUGCGCUGGCGCUUCUGGCCAAGUUUGUGCUGCAUGGCCAUGUGGCGACGACGCGGGCUCGCCAGGCACCCGACCUGCCACUCAUCGCCACCUGCCCGCUGGACGCCACGCAGGGCAUGUGCCUGUUGGUGGGCAUUGCGCCGGUGCGGGAGGACUCGCCCAAGAACUUUUUCGGCAAAGCUUUUGAGCAGGCGGCUCUGAAGAGCAAGACGACUCUGCUUCAGGACUUCUUCGAGCCCUCUGUUGUGCAGCUGCGCCAGAGCGACCUAACUAGAUUUUUAGAUGCGUUGACCGUGCUCCUUACCUAAUGAUGGGAUCUAGUCUAAUCCCCUCAAUUAUAGCCCUAAGUUUUUAAGUAAAUUAUAUACGGACUUUCGCGAUGUUCUACAUAACUUAUAAACGACAAUUUUUUUGCACUUAUAUUUAGUUAACCAAACAUUUAUACUUUAUGCAUUCUUGAUUAUGAAAAACAAAAUUGUAAAAGGACCUUUAAU